UAUGGAAACAAUUAUGAUUCUGCUGGAGAAUUUCUCAGCUAAGAAAUAGUUUGUAGCUACAGUAGAGAGGCUCAAGUUGCACAAGGCAGACAACAGACAUGGAAUUCUUGUGCAUCCAGCUGUUAUCAACAGAACAAUGGGCACUAUAUCUUUAGCUUGCAAUGACAUGACUCCAGAGCAAAUGGCUACAAAUGUGAACUGUUCCAGCCCUGAGCGACAUACAAGAAGUUAUGAUUACAUGGAAGGAGGGGAUAUACGAGUGAGAAGACUCUUCUGUCGAACACAGUGGUAUCUGAGGAUUGAUAAACGAGGCAAAGUCAAAGGGACCCAAGAGAUGAAGAACAACUAUAAUAUCAUGGAAAUCAGGACAGUGGCAGUUGGAAUUGUGGCAAUCAAAGGAGUGGAAAGUGAAUACUAUCUUGCAAUGAAUAAGGAAGGAAAACUCUAUGCAAAGAAAGAAUGCAAUGAAGAUUGCAACUUCAAAGAAUUAAUUCUGGAAAACCAUUACAAUACAUAUGCAUCAGCUAAAUGGACACACAGCGGAGGAGAAAUGUUUGUUGCUUUAAAUCAAAAAGGGGUUCCUGUAAGGGGGAAGAAAACAAAGAAAGAACAAAAAACAGCCCACUUUCUUCCUAUGGCAAUAACAUAAUCAUAUAUGGUAUAAAAGAAACCAGUUCCAGCAGGGAGAUUUCUUUAAGUGGACUGUUUUCUUUCUUUUCUUUUUUUCUUUUCUUUUCUUCUUUUUUUUUUUUUAAGUAACCAAGAAAGGCUGGAAAACUACUGAAAAACUGAUCAAGCUGGACUUGCGCAUGUAUGUUUAUUUUAAGAGACUGCAUUAAAGAAAGAUUUGAAAAAUAUACACAAAAUCAGAUUUAGUAACUAAAAGUUGUAAAAAAUUGUAAAGCUGGUUGUACAAUCAUGAUGUUAGUAAUAGUAAUGUUUUUUCUUAAAUUAAUUUACCCUUAAGAGUAUGUUAGAUUUGAUUAUCUGAUAAUGAUUAUUUAAAUAUUCCUAUCUGCUUAUAAAAUGGCUGCUAUAAUAAUAAUAAUGCAGAUGAUGUUAUAUAAGAUAUGUCAGACCUAAAGGCUGCUGGAAUGAUUUGUCAGAUAAUCAAGCCAACACUAACUAUGGAAGAUGAGCAGUAUCUGAAAGACUUUUUAGUGGCAAUUGUAAGCCACUUAAAUUCUAAUAAGAAAAGAAAGAAUAUUCUUAAAAAUUCUAUUAUGGAAUGGAGUCAAAUAAGUAGUUUUACAAAAGUAUAGUAUUAGAAUAUGCUUGUACCUAUUAACAAGAAGAAAAUUCCUAAUGCUGCUCAUAUGGAAAGGGUAUUGCUAAAAGGAUGUUUUCAAAAAUCUUGUAUAUAAAAUAGCAAUAAUGAUGAUAAUACUGUAUUUCAUCUCACUUGCCACAAAAAUAACAUUUUAUAAUCCCUAAAAGUAAAACUGAGAAACCUUUAAGUUUUGUUUCAAGUAAUAUAAUCUAUCUUUUGUAUAAUUCAUAUUUGGGAAUAUGACUUUUAAUAAUGUUCUUCCCACUAAUAAUCAUGCUUUUUCUCUGUGGUUACAGCAUUAAACUCUAUUUUAAGUUGUA